GCUUCGGCUUUCCUUCCGCUUAUUCGCUUCCUGCUAUUUUCUUUGCUUCUGUAUUGCACUUCGUACGCCGUCCACGGAAAAGCAAGUGGCCACCAUGCCGUUGGAACCAACACUUUGAACCCGGGAACUGCCUGCUCCAAACCCAAAGGCUCAAACCGGACCUUGUUGGCCAUAUACCGCCGACACGGUCCCUGUUCACCAAUCUCUAGCAAGAAGGCCCCAACCCUGGGUGAGAUCCUGCGCCUAGACCAAUUGCGCGUCAAUUAUCUCCAGCAAAUGGCAUCGCAUGGCCCCAGAGGCACACAGGUACAAGAAUCCCAGACAAGCAUUCCGGCAAACCUUGGUAGUGCAUUCGGGACUGCUGAAUACGUCGUGACGGUGGGGUACGGCACACCCAAAAAAGACCAGACUGUGGAUUUUGACACUGGAAGUGAUGUCAGCUGGAUCCAAUGCCAACCAUGCCCGGACUGCUACCCACAACAAGAAAAUUACUUUGAUCCCUCUCAAUCUUCUUCCUAUGCUUCCAUCCCCUGCAGCUCUCCCCAAUGCUCACUAUCCUCACGUCAUGGUUGCUUCAACUCUACCUGCAUGUAUGGCGUCAUGUACGGUGAUAGCUCCAAAACUGUAGGAUACCUGAGCCGUGAAACACUGACACUAUCUCCUUCCGAGAUGGUCUCCAGCUUCAUUUUUGGGUGCGGCCAAGCCAACGAAGGCUUCGUUGGAAAAUUAGCUGGGUUAAUGGGACUCGGUCGAGGCAAGCUCUCUUUAGUGUCCCAAACAUCUCAGAAAUUUGGCAGUGUAUUCUCCUAUUGCCUCCCACCUACAGCCGGCUCUACAGGCUACCUGACAUUUGGCGAGCCUACGCCUUCUGCCAACAUUUCAUACACACCGAUGCAUACCGAUACAAGCAGACCCACCUUCUACAUCGUUAAUUUGAUGGCAAUAAGUGUCUCAGGGCAGCAGCUGGCGAUUCAGCCUUCAGUCUUUUCCUCUACUGUGUUUAUCCUAGACUCAGGAACCGUGAUCACCAGGCUACCUCCCUCGGCCUAUCAAGUCCUGAGGUCUGCUUUCCAGAGCUCCAUGAUGAAUUACCGAAUGAGAGAGCCAUCUGGAAUACUUGACACUUGCUAUGAUGAGAAUGCGAAUGUGAAGCCAGCAUCGGUUGCACUGCACUUCGAAGGGAAUGUUACUUUGAACCUCGAUGAUUCAGGUAUCCUCUUUGAUAACUGCCUAGCUUUUGCUGGAAAUAAGGAGGACAGCGAUCUAGGCAUCAUCGGUAAUGUGCAGCAGCGUACAUUCGAGGUGGUUUAUGAUCUGGCAGCAGAGAAAAUCGGGUUUCAGCCCAAUGCCUGCAACUGAUAAGAAAUAUUCCCCUGCCAUAGUUUAGUAGGUACCCAUGGAACAAAAUGGAAGGGUGUUAGGUAGAAGUAAUCCCCUGAAAGCCAAACAUUAGUAGAACUCCUAGAAUAUUUUUCGAAUAUCAGUGAAUCAUGAGUCUUGGCUGUUAAGAUACAAUGAAUAAUUAUGUACGACUGAAGCCACUAGAAUCUGUGAGAUGUCCCUCUGAUAAUGAAGGCUAUUCAAGGGGACUGUGGCAUUGCUUGCCUUGGUUUCACAUGCCCCAUAGGAUGUCUUUGCAAAAGACAUGAACACUACAAACAA